CGGCGCGCGCUUCCGGUAGCGGACCGGAAGCCUCGGCGGGAGGCUCGGAGCAGCCUCGGCGUCCGAGCGGCGGGCGACGGGGGCCGCGGCCCGAGCGGAGCCGGGGCCAUGGAGCCGCCGCUACCGGGCUAAACAGGUCCAGCCCGCCGGUCCCGCGGCGAUGUCGGGCUACCCGCGCCGCCCGGGAGCCACCCCGCUGUCCCGAGCCCGGAGCCUCGUCAUUCCCGAUGCUCCCGCGUUCUAUGAGCGCCGGUCUUGUCUCCCCCAGCUAGACUGUGAGCGUCCCCCUGACGGGGACCAGGACUCCCACUUCUUCGGCAUUCGGCCGACCUUUAUGUGCUAUGUGCCCAGUCCGGUGCUAGCUUCCGUGGGAGAUUCAGAUUUUGGCUAUGGAAAGGGGAAAUGUACUAAGCAAGGUCCAUCCGGAGCCCACGAGACACGUUUUGGAGAUGACAAACUUGAAGAUCUUGAAGAGGCAAAUCCAUUCUCUUUUAAAGAAUUUCUGAAAACCAAGAACCUCAGCUUGUCCAAAGAAGAAGCAACCAACAGAAUUUAUUCCAAGGAAGCCUCGAGGCACUCAGUGAGACUCGACCACAACUCUCCAACCAACCAGCCUGUGGGCUAUGGCCUAGAAUAUCAGCAGCCAUUUUUCGAAGACCCAACAGGAGCUGGUGACCUCCUAGACGAGGAGGAAGAUGAGGAUGACGGGUGGACUGGAUCCUAUCUGCCAUCCGCCAUGGAGCAGACGCACUCUGCAAGGGUCACUGCCAGCACAUCACCCUGUGGCACGUACCUGUCAUUUUUUUCCACUCCAUCGGAGCUGACGGGGCCCAAGUCUCUGCCCUCGUGGACAUUGAGUGACACAGACUCUCAUGUGUCUCCGGGAUCUCCAGCAGGGAGUCCUGGCACAGACUUUGCAGCUCACGGAGAGUCUCUGGGAGACCGGCACCUACGGACGCUGCAGAUAAGUUAUGAGGCACUGAAAGAUGAAAAUUCUAAGCUAAGAAGAAAGCUGAAUGAGGUUCAGAGCUUCUCUGAAACUCAAACAGAAAUGGUGAGGACUCUUGAGCGGAAAUUAGAAGCAAAAAUGAUCAAGGAGGAGAGUGACUACCAUGACCUGGAGUCGGUGGUUCAGCAGGUGGAGCAGAACCUGGAGCUCAUGACAAAACGGGCUGUAAAGGCAGAAAAUCACGUCAUGAAACUGAAACAGGAAAUUAAUUUGCUUCAGGCUCAGAUCUCCAACUUUAAACGUGAGAACGAAGCUCUGAGGUCAGGCCAGGGCGCCAGCUUGACUGUUGUAAAGCAGAACACUGAUGUGGCCUUGCAGAACCUCCAUGUCGUCAUGAACAGCGCACAGGCUUCCAUAAAGCAGCUGGUUUCUGGAGCCGAAACGUUGAAUCUUGUUGCUGAGAUCCUUAAAUCUAUAGACAGAAUUUCUGAAAUUAAAGACAAGGAGGAAGACUCCUGAGGAGCAUUGCGAUCCUCAGCUCGAAGUUCUGUGCAAACCCGAGGUCACUCCUGCUUCAUCUGAACAUGCAAUUGUGCCUUUAACUGUGCAGACUUCACCCAGAGUAAAGUAUUUAUCAUGAGAUACUAAUUUCAUGACCUAGAACAGUGUUAUUGGCCGCCCACAAUGGGAGUCGCUCCUGUCUAGGAGUCCAAUGUAUAACUUACACACGGUCCUUGUGAAAUUCCUGCUGUUUUAUAGAUUUUAAUGAUUUGUGAGAAGGAAUUUUUAUAAAAGCUAGUGAUUAUUUUAAUUGCUAAACAUAAAAAUAGCAAUUCUAUAAUAACUGUUUCCAUUACCAUUUUUAAAAAUUGUAAGUUAAGUUCAGUGGAUUGAACUUGAUAACAUAAGUAGAACACACUAAAUGAGCCGUCAUGGAAAUGAUCAGCUUGGGCUGGGACUUGUGCCUUUUCACCUUUACUCAGCGUCCCUCUGUUUCCCUCUUCACUCUUUUGACCUUCCCAGGGUGGCCUGUGUGAAGAGGUGCUGCCUCCUGGGUGACUCUGUCCUCCCACCAGGACUCCUGGGGACCAAGGCUGCACAUUCCAUGCUGUCUCAGCCCCACCUCUCCUGUGAGCUUUCAGAUUUAAAAAACUGUCUUGGGCUGAGGGUUUUAAUACAUAUUUCAAGUGGCAUUUUGUACAAUGAAGUUUAGAAUUCAGGAAUUGCAAGUGUGUCCAGGCUGCCUCUAGUCCCUCACCUGUAAGAGGGAAGGACAAAAUGUGCACUACGUGCCUUUUGGCUAUUUUCUCAUAAAUGUUAUUUUCUAAAUUUUCUUUUCCCUCCUGUUAAGACAGCUUCUCCAUUUAAAUAAAUUCUGAAGUUCAUA